UGUUUAAUGAGGUAAAGGGGUGGGAGCUUUAAAAAGAGAUUGAACCACCAGGACUUUCACUUUCAGUGAGCAGCCUCCACACGGUUUGCUCCAGUCCAGUAGCCUCCAACAACAGAUCAAAUGUGCAGCUCGAUGAGUAUCUUGCCACUUGGGAAUGCAAGCCUCAAAAACAAUGGAUUUAUAAAGGAAGAAGGAAAGUAAGCAGACUAAAAGAAACAGGAAACUAAAAUCACAGGAAAUCUUGCUCUCCAUCAGAAUUUUCUCUUUAGAAGACUUUGGGAGUUUCCAAGUGACUGAUUGGGGUUGAGCCAGAGAGGGACAGAACGCGGUGCAGCUGUCAACGAGGGAUCGAGGAGAAAGUGCAGCAGUAAGAGGAAGAGGAGACGUUAGCUAGUAGUCACUAAACGAGGCAGCUGGGAAACCCACUGAGACUGAGAUUCUUCCAUAUCUUUCCUGCUACAAUCUGUCGCGCAAAAGGACUUGGUUAAGAAGAACAUGGGGAAUAUGGGCCGCUUUGGCCGGUAGAAGCAUGUCACCAACAGUGCUGUUACUUCUAUCAAUAUUGACUGUUCAAGGAAGUGGGUGCAAUGAUUUUAUGAAGACGACGAUCAGAAAUCUGCAGGACACUGUAAACAAUGAACGAACGAACGGAUUCCCACAAGUGUUUCCGAAGAACUACGUUGUGUCUCACUAUUUCAACGACAGCGCGCUGUGCAAUGAGCCGUGCUGUGUGUUCAGUGCUGCCGUGUUUCUGUCAAAUUCCUGGAGUCAGCUUUUCCAGCACCUCAGUACAUUUCAUUUCAAGUACAAGUUCAUCGGAGAGCUGAUUUACUCUCUGAACAGCAUAGCAAAAGAGAAAUUCCCGGAUCCGCCAGAUAUUUCUGAUUUCCCAUCUGUCCAGACAUCGCCUGAAGGACUUCUCUCCUUCACCUCAUCCUUCUUCACACGAUGGCUCGAUUUGAAUUGUGCUUUUGGAGAGCAUAACUGCAUCUUCCCCACACUAGGUGAAGAGGAUCAAGAAAAUCCAAAGGAGGGAGAGAAUGUGGAGAACCGAGAGCCGGUGGAUGAGCAACAGCCUGUGAUAGAAGGACAGACUGGUAAAAUACAGCUUGACCGGGGUCCAACCAACAGCUUUACUAAGACACGUUGCACAGGUUUCACUCACUGGAGCUUUUCUUUUCUAUGGAUAAUAUCAAGUCUGAUCUGGUGAAAGUCAAGAAAUCUGUUUUAAAUAUGCCACAAACCUUGGCCAGAAAAAGGCUUCACUUUGAAAGGACCGCUACUGUGUUGCCUUGUUUUUAGUCAGUUUGGAAGCUAAUUUUGUUUUACACUGAUAAAUAAAGUUUGGCUUGAGAUUUCGAAAAAAUGCUCUCUGGAUAAAGUGUCUGGAUGCAGUUAUGGAUCAGUUCUGUUGGAGAAAAGGGAUACUUUGAAAACGGACAUAUGGCUAUCAUGAGGUUGUUUUUUUUCUCCUUCUGCAUCAUGUCUUUGCACUGAUUGUUUUUAUCACUUAUAUAGUGUUUCUGUCAUCUUAAACAGUGAAUUGUGUGUCAUGAUGAUUCAGGUAAAACCUGUUGACUGAAUGUUUUAUCAUUGAAUGUAGUGAAAAAGUAAAGAAUAGA